CGGCGGCGUUAAUUGGACUUUGGAGCCAACGUGUUUCUCUUGGUCCGGCCACGCGCGGUUGACUUGGCUCUUCCUCUUCUUCUUCUUCUCUUCCAAUUCCAUUCCAUUCGUCGGAGAGAGAGGAGAAGAUGCUGUCGUGGAAGUUCAGCCGGAAGGGCGCCACGGGCUUCUCCUGGGCCUCCACCGCCGACGAGGUCACCGCCGGCGUCACCGCCUCUGGCCUCACCGCAAUAGUCACCGGUGCGUCGAGCGGGAUCGGCGCGGAGACGGCGCGCGUGCUGGCCGCGCGCGGCGCCCACGUCGUCAUGGCCGUCCGCAACCUCGCCGCCGGCGACACCGUGCGCCAGGCCGUCCUCGCCGAGACCCCCGCCGCCAGCGUCGACCUCAUGGAGCUCGACGUCUCCUCCCUCGCCUCCGUCCGCAACUUCGCCGCCGACUUCGCCGCCAGGGGCCUCCCGCUCAACAUCCUCGUCAACAACGCGGGAAUAAUGGCGACCCCUUUCACCCUCUCAAAGGAUGGCAUCGAGAUGCAGUUUGCGACUAACCACGUCGGGCAUUUUCUUUUGACACAUCUUGUGCUGGACACCAUGAAGAAGACCUCUCGCGAAUCAAACGUGGAAGGAAGAAUCGUCAUUGUUGCCUCGGAGGGGCACAGGGUUACGUACAAGGAAGGCAUCCGUUUCGCCAAGAUAAAUGAUGAGCAAGGGUAUGGCACCCUUGCAGCAUAUGGGCAGUCCAAGCUUGCCAACAUUUUACACGCCGGUGAACUUGCCAGGAGAUUUAAGGAAGAGGGUGUUAACAUCACUGCCAACUCCCUGCAUCCUGGAUCCAUCCUCACAAACCUUCUUCGCAACCGCGGCAUCAUAUAUGCCUUUGCCUCUGUGUUUGCAGCCAUCGAGCGGACGCUUGGUAAACUGCUGCUCAAGAACAUCCAGCAGGGGGCUGCGACGCAGUGCUACUUGGCGCUGCACCCGGACGCCAAGGGGGUGUCGGGCAAGUACUGGUGCGACAGCAACCUGUACGAGCCGAGCGACAAGGCCAAGGACGCGGAGCUGGGGAAGAAGCUAUGGGACUACACCCUCGACCUCGUCGCCUGACGUGAAGAAUACCUUAUCUGGUUUGGUUUGGUUGAUGGAUGGAUGCGUGCGUCAUGUGCAUGUACUCCCGAUAUGGAGAGAUGAGAUGAAGGAUGAGGGGACGACGAAAUGAAUCCCUCCCCAGGACGUCGAUGCGGUAUCUAUCUGGGCUGUGAGAUACUCAUACUCUUUUCUGCGGUUCCUGUGUAUUGUAUACAUACGGGGAUGAAAUCAGAAUGAAAUACACAAUAUAUUUUAAUUAUGUA